AAAUGCAAAUGGUCGGUUAAUAUGCCAAGUCAAGUGGUAACGCUCACAUUCACCUGUGCAGGCGACGAUUCCCCAGUCUCAGUCAGUGAAUCAAGCGUUGUCUACAAAAAUUGUGUUGUAAUACAAAAUGGCAGCUUGCAGUUAUUGGAUAAAUAUCAUCGCGUUGUGCGUUAGUAUCGCGUUCAUCUCUUGCGUGCAAGUAGAGGACCCAUGCAAGAUCAAGUCCCGUGUAGCUGCAGACGACAAGUACUGUGACAAAUACUGGGAGUGUGACGGUGGCCAGGCGGUGCAGUACGACUGCCCCAAUGGCCUGGUCUUUGCGGGGAAACACAGAGGUGUGACUGAAGGAUGUGACUACCCCUGGAGAUCCAACUACUGCGAAUAUCCUAAGGUUCAAAUAAAUCCACCGAUCGGCGUGGAGCAUUGUGAUUGGCUGUAUGGCAUAUUCGGGCAUGAAACCUCCUGCACCAGAUACUGGACUUGUUGGAACGGAACAGCGACGGAGCAACUCUGUAUUGGUGGUCUCUUGUACAACGAGAACGCUCAUUCCUGCGACUGGCCAGAGAAUGUAGACGGAUGUCAAAAACAUCCCCUCUGUAAUGAAGAUCCUAAUGGCAACGUUCCUCUGGGCAAGUCCUGCAACAGGUACUGGCAGUGCCAGGGGGGAUACCCUCGUCUGCAGAGGUGUCCUGCAAUGUUGGUCUUCGAUAGACGCUCGUUGAGAUGCGUGGUGCCUCCCACAGAGGAGUGUGACGUACCCACUACCACUCCACCUGCACCAGAAGAGGUCCAGGAGGAGAGACAGCAAGUGCCCCACAAGUCCCACAGACCGAGUCAAGAGUACCAAGAUCCCCAAGGGCAUCCUCGACCUCGGAACUAGGAUAGACAUUGCUAAGUUGAAUACGUAAAACCCCAUAUUGUAUAAACUCACUCACGCGCAGUUGAAAUACUCACCGUCGUUACAUCAACUCGUCAAUUGUCAAGUCACAUGUCACUAAAAACAGGUUGGUAACCAACGUCUCAGAAAAAAUAUUGUGAAGUUUCAAAAGUAUAUUUCAUUUAUUCAUUUAUGUUUCGUGACUUCUCUUGUGUUAACAGAAAGCUUAGAAUUCAAAAAAGCAUAUUUUAAAAAAAUGAACUUCAGAGUCAUAAUAAUAUAAUAAUAUUUGCUUUAUAUUGGUUGCUUUUAAUAAGUUUACCAAAGUUUCGUCUUUAGCUGUCGGGCAUUCGAUUUCGUAGUAACACUUUAUAAUGUAAAUGUAAGUGAUUGACCGUUAUUACACAUUUUAACUCAUUAAAAGAGGCAAUUAAUUAGUUCCAUUAGAUUUAAGGUUUAAUUUGUCUGAUACUUCAAAGAAAUACUCAAUGUUCUCCAGUGUAUGUAGAUUAAUAAGUUAAAAUAGUUUUAAGGAAA